UUGCUGCUGCAGGCCGGAAAUAACGUGACUGUGGAGGAGCCGCUCUCAGUUGUAACGAGUUCGUGUUUCUCCAUUUACUUCUAGCUCUGAAUAGAAACGGCCUAAAAAAAACGUAUAGCCUUCUGAUAGACAGAUACGGAGUUUGUUGAGAAAAGACAAGCCUUUUGUCUGUUUGCCUGUUUGCUAGUGUUGUUGCUGGGAAGGCUGGAGAUGUGCACACAGACGAAGGCAGCAGCUCUGAUGGCUAACAUACCGCAGGCAGACAUCGACCCGUCCGGCGUGUUUAAGUACGUCCUGAUAAGAGUUCACAGCAGAGAGGAGGGAGACGACGCGGAGGUAGAUAUAGUCCGAGGAUACGGCUGGGCUGAGUACCAUGCUGAUAUCUAUGACAAGGUCUCUGAUGAGCUGGAAAAGGGGGGCCUCCUGGACUGUGAGUGUAUUGGAGGAGGGAGGAUCAAACAUGAUUCCCAGGCCAAGAAGAUCCACGUCUAUGGAUACUCCAUGGGAUUUGGAAGAGCAAACCACGCAGUAACUACUGAGAAACUGAAGGCUCGGUAUCCAGACUAUGAGGUGACCUGGGACAAUGAAGGAUACUGAACUGAACUAAGACCAGCCUCUGUUGAACGCCCUUUCUCCUGGAUUGACAUUGCACUUACCUAUAAUCCCUCAAGAGAACGCAGAGCAUGUCAUUAAAAACCAUACAGGGAGUCCGAUAAGGAGCUUUUUGAUACCACAUUAAUAAUCGAGACUGAGACUGACAUACAGCGACAUGUCUGAUAAGAAAACAAGCCUUUUUUGGGGGUUAUUUUUAUGUUACAAUUUGAGUAAAGAAAAAGCAAACAGUGUUGUUUUUCACAUUUGUACUCCAUUUGGAUCUAAAACAAAAACAUGAUUAUAUUAGUGAAAUUUGGAUUUUCAUUUGUGUUUUAAUCUCACCUGCAAUUAUGAAAUAAAUACUUGGUCAUGGCAGUUUUUCAGAGUGACAUACAGUCACUCACUGACUUGUUUUAGAGUCACAUAGCCUCAUACAUUUGACCUAAUCGCUAAGAUUAUAUUUACCUUAAAUGCUUAGUCGUGAUGUGUGUUUCAUAAAUGUUUCCUGAAAUCUGUUUUUUAGUUGUGUGCACACUGUGUUCCUUCUGUUGCAGAGCAGAAGCACUGUUCCUUAUCGUACUUUAGGCCAACAGCAGUUGUAAUCCUGUCAGCCACCAAACUGUAAACUGCUGAUGAACGUUGUGGCCUUAAUUUCAUGCGGGCAGAUAAGACCAAAUGAACUUGAUGAUCUUCCAAGAUUACCAUUGUGCUGAAGUGUUUUGAAAUCAUGAUAUACUGGUAAUAUUGCUAGUGAGAGGAUACUUGAUAUGCUGAUUAGUAUAUCAAGAUAUUAAACCUGUAUUAAAGUU